GGAAGGAGGAGAGGGAGAGGGUCGAGAGAGAGGAGAGGAGCCUGAGAGAAAGGAAGGAGGAGAGGGAGAGGGCCGAGAUAGAGGAGAGGAGCCUGAGGGAAAGGAAGGAGGAGAGGGGGAAUGCGGAUCGAGAUAUGGAGGAGGAGAGGCGGUACACGGUGAAAGAGAAGAAGAGUAGAGGCCUUCUCCUCCAAGAGGAGCUGAGAAGAGAAGAGGAGGAAGAGGAGAGGAAGCUGAAGGAGGAGAGCGACGAAAGACAGAGGGCUCUGCGGCAGCGUCUCCUGUCGGAGAGGAGCGAGGAGGAGGCCAAGCUGAAGGAGGAGGCCGACAGGACGCUGGAGGAGCUCAGAGAGUCCGCCCAGCAAGAGAGGAAGAGGCAGCAACACCGACUCAGGGAGGAGAGCGAGGAGGCGCUCAAGGAGCUCGGCGUCGCCCUCGAGGAAGAGCGAGCGGCGGAGCGCGGCCGGCUGGAGGCCCGGAAGAGGCAGGACUCGGAGCGCCUGAAGGCGGAGUCGGAGUCGGAGCUGCAAGCGGAGAGGCGGAGACUCCAGGGAGAGAGGGAGGAGCGACUGAACUCUCUGAAACACGAGGUCAAAAUCACAGAGAGGAGGAGGGAACCCAUGAGUCCACGACCUGAACAGCAACUGGCAGAGUACCACCGAGAGCUGGCGGAUGUUCUCCAGGAAGUGCGGGAGGAAGUGCAGCGUGACCACGAGAGGAAGCUGGAGCAGCUGAGGGAGGACCACAGGAGAGAGAUGAACAGCAUCAGGGAGAAAUACCUCGAUGAGGAGACGGCUCAGAGGGCGCGCCUGCUUUCCACUCUGCAGGAGGAAAGAGAGUAUCUCCAGGCCUCGCAUGCGGUCCAGCUGGAGAAGCUCCGCACGCAGCUCAACGCACAGAUACAAAAGACGGAGCUGACGCACACGCGCCAGGAGUCCGAACUGGAGGAUCUGGCCGAUCAGAUGGAGCUGAGAGCCAAAGAGCUGAGGGGCCAGGAGGCCAUGCUGCAGACCAAGGCGGCAGAUCUAAAGAGGAGGAGGAAGAAGCUUGGGGAGGAAGAGGAGGAUGUGGACAGACAGAUAGAGACCUUACCCCGGCUGAUCCGGGAGAGGGAGCAGCUGACGGAGGAGCUGGAGAGGACGAGAGAGGAGAAGCGUCAAGCCAGAGAACUCGUGCAGCGAGCGAGGGAGGAGAGGAGUGAGGCCAAGGAGGAGGAGGAGAGGCUGAGGGGGGAGAGGGACAAAGCCAGGGAAGAGAGCAGGAGGGCGAAGGAGGACAAGGCGCGACUGGAGAGCAAGGUGGCGCUGCUGCAGGAGAGAUGCGACCACCUCGGCCGCAGAGUCGGCGAGCUGGAACAAAGCGAAGGAGCGAGCGCCUCCGCCAGACCAGAACCGAAACAGGACAAGAAGAAGGCCGAGGUGACGGCGCCCUCUGGUGACAGGAGGGACUCAUCGCUGCGCGUGGAAGACCUGGACGACCCGCCGCUCUCCCCUGUACCUGACAGCCAGAGCAGCAUGGACGAGUUCCGACAAUACAUCUCUUCACACGGCGCGUCCAUCCAGAAAACCAAACUCUUCCUGGAAAAGGAGAGCAGCCGGCUGACGGAGAGACAGGCAGUUCUGCGGGCGGCCCAGACCGGCUCCUCCCAGGACCCCGACCAGGACGGAGGGGUGACCGAGGAGAUGAUGAGAACCCUCCAGCAGGAGGCCAGAAACGUGGUGGAGCUGCAGCGGACGGUUCAGAGAGGAAACGCUCUCCUGCGGAGGAAAGAGGAGCAACUCCUGCAGCUAGAGAGCUCGAUGGCUGAAGAGCCGUUUAUUGAGGAUCAGUCUCGGCUGGCAGGAGAGAGGAAGGUGACCUUUGAUGUGACUGAGUCUGACCUCAGCAGCACUCUGGACCCACCAGAUAGGACGGGAGGUCAUGCCACCGUCCCGGACAAAGUCCAGGAGUUAGCAGAGUCCCUGCAGCAGAUCUCAGGCCAGCUCAACACCGUCCUGAGUGCGUUGGGUUCACUGGCACAGAGGCAGAGCGCCGCGCCCUACGCCGCCUUCCCGCUGCCUCAACAUCACUCCUCCCCAACCUCCACCUCUGCCUCCGCCAUGCACCAGAUGCACACCCUGAGCUCCGGCUCCUCAGCUCCGCCUCCCCCGGUGAGGCUCUCGGAGCCGUCCUGGAACUGGGCGCCCCAAGGCAGCUUCCCGGCCCCCCCUCUCUUCAGUACCCCCAUCAGCAAAGGGCUGAGGGCCUCCGAGGACCUCAUCAACAGCCGAUGGAGCCAGAUAUUCCCCAGAGCAGCCAUGGACCCAAUCGCCUCCAGCACCAUGGGGCCUACCUCUGCAUACUCCUCAUACACUCCUGCUAGUGAACACGGCCGUGGCCUGAGGUCCGUGCAGACGUCAGUGGAGGUGGACGGCCAGAGGCUGCAGGGGCUGAUAGACGGCAACAAGAGGUGGCUCGAGAUGCGCAAGAAAGACACCAGCAUACCUCUGUUCACGCGCUACCGCGCUCCGUCGACCAAGAGCGGCCUGGUGCAGCUGGGCCUGGACGACGACAACCAGAUCAGAGUCUAUCAUUACUGAGGACGCGACACACACACACACACACACACACAGGGUCAGUCCUGUCGCACCGUGACUCACUCCUUCCAGAAAACACUCGGCGGUGCAAAGGUUCUCAGGGAAAGUCCGACUUCGAUACCGUAAUUCAGGGAGCAACACGUCACGGAGGGCUGAGGACUCUGCAGGGGUGUGUGUGUGUGUGUGUGUGUGUGUGUGUGUGUGUGUGUGUG